GGUUCAUAACGAAACGAGUAAAAUACGUUACAUCAUAAAAAUUGUUAAAAAAUGGCUCCAACAAAAAGUAACCUUUGGAAAUUUUUUUCAAAAAAAGGUGUGAAUUUAGUUGUGUGCAAAACGUGUUUGAAACAGAUUAAAACAUCUGGCAAUACCACAAACAUGGCUAAACAUCUAAAAUUACACAAGCAUCUCAAAAAGAUGGUGACAGCAAUAUCAAUAGGACCCCAAAAGCUAGUUCGUCAAAAAUUACAAGUAAUGAUCCAGAAAAAGAAGCUACUGAUACUCCUACUGCUCCCAUCAAUGAGUUAAAAAUUCAGUCAAGCAGCUCCAACCAAAGAUUAGAUUCAGAAGCUAUUGAAAUAUCUUCAAGCGAAGCUUCCUCUUUUUGUGGCCCAAUACAGAGGGCAUUUAAAACCAUUCAAUCUUAUAAAGAGGGUGGAAGCCAAAAUGCCAAAAUAUUAAGCGCAAUUUUAUAUUUCAUAUGCAAAGAUCAUAGACCGUUUUAUAGCCUUGAAGGUAAAGGAUUUCGCCGAUUAAUGAAAGAAGUGGCGCCUCUUUAUACCAUUCCGCAUGUGUCCACGAUUAAAAAUGCACUGGAUAUGAAAUACGAAGCCAUAUCCGAAGUUUACAAGAAAGUUUUUUCCGGAAUUUCUCAUUUUUCGAUAACAUGCGACAUUUGGUCUGAGAUGAUGACUUGUCGAAGCUUUUUAGGAGUAACUGUACAUUAUAUGAUGGAUAAUAAACUAUGUUCAACAUCUAUCGAGGUGCAUGAAUUAAAUGAGCGCCAUACUGGCAGCUAUGUUGGUGCCCAGAUGAAGGAACUUCUAAAUAAAUGGAACAUUGCUGAAGAAAAAGUGGUAGCAUUUAUAACGGAUAGUGGCGCUAACACGGUAAGUGCCAUGCACCAAACUUUUGGGAAAGAUCGGCAUAUUCCGUGCUUUGCUCAUUUAAUAAACCUGGUAACUGAUAUUAUUUUAAAGCCAAAGCCAAAUAAAGAUGAACAAGAACAACACAUACAUCACCACCAUAUUUCCGAGGUAAUAGAAAAAGUACGGGAAAUUGUCAAAUGGGUAAAAAAUAGCGUCAACCAGAGCGGUGAACUUAGAAAAUUGCAAAUAAAUGCUGGUGAAUCUUCAGGAAUUCCCAAAAAGUUGAUUUUAGAUGUAAAAACCCGGUGGAACUCUACGUAUCACAUGUUAAUUCGUUUUAAAGAACUAGCGGGCAUACUUAACGAUUUGCUUUUGUUUGCAUCAAAUGCCCCCAUAAUGGUGAACGCAGUAGAGAUGGUGCAAAUAAAAGAAAUUAUAUUGCUAUUAAAACCUCUGGAAUUUAUAACAAAUGAGCUAUCAGGUGAAAGUUACGUAACCAUAUCGAAAGUUAUUCCACUGAUAAAUUGUUUAAUGAAUAAUAUCGAAACAAUAAAUUUAGAGACCGACAUAGUUCUUGAAGCCAAACAGCAAUUAGUGGCAGAACUCAAAAAAAGAUUUGGAAAAAUAGAAUUCAAUUCAAUUAUAGCGAUGGCAACUAUUUUGGAUCCACGAUUUAAAAACGUACAUUUCAAGGAACCUAGGGCACUUGCAAAUGCAUUUGCAGCCAUUAAAGAAAUGAUGAAAAAAGAAAAUCGUCAUCAGCAUCCGGCAACAUAUACUGAACAAAUAGAAGAAAAAGACGCAAAUGAUUUUUGGAACCAUCAUAAAACAUUACUUGAAAAUAGAAGCCGCCAACCAAAACCUUCUGGUGUUGAAGAACAACUACAAUCAUACCUUAAACAUUCGUUGGCACCCUUAUCCAGUGACCCUUUAGAAGAAUGGACAAAGAUGAAAGCUAUUUACCCUCAGUUGUAUAAAUUAGCCUUGAUGUUCUUUACAGUAGUGGCUACUUCUGUUCCGGCAGAGCGUCUCUUCUCCAAGGCAAGUUUUAUAGUAAGCGAGACUAGAAAUCGGCUCUUGGGCAAAAGACUAAACAAAUUGAUAUUUCUCUCUACUAUUGGAGAAAAUGAUUGGUUUCAAUGAUUCUACACAUAUAUUUUUUUUAAUGUUAAACUACGAG